CUGUCCUCCUCAUCUUGAAACCCAAGCUCCGUCAAGGGAAAAUGGGAAAUCUCCGCGUCAUUCUCCUUAUCACCUUGGUCGUUUUAUUGUCUCCAAGGUUAACCCGAUCUUUCUCGUCCGAUAAUAACCCGACAGAUCGCCGCAUUCUUGUUGUGGUCGAUGACGCGUCCAUCAAGUCAUCACACUCUAUCUUCUUCAAUUCGCUUCAAUCACGUGGCUUCGUGCUUGAAUUCAAGCUCGCAAAUGAUACCUCCAUCAGUGUCCAAAGAUAUGGAAAAUACUUGUACGAUGGGCUCAUUUUGUUCUCACCCUCUGUUGAAAAAUUUGGAGGGUCAUUGGAUUUGGCGGCUAUACUGGACUUCGUUGACUCAGGUGGAGACUUAAUUUUAGCUGCGGAUGCCAAUGCUUCUGAUUUGAUCCGAAACGUUGUUGCAGAGUGUGGUGUUGAUUUUGAUGAGGAUACCUCUGCUGUGGUUAUUGAUCAUUCUAGCUAUGCUGUCUCUGAAAUUGAGGGAGAUCAUACGCUGAUUGCAUCUAACAAUUUUAUUAAAUCCAAUGUUGUCCUAGGAAGUAGAAAGAACGAGG